AUGGGAUUCACAGCAUUGAAUUCAGCUGCUGGCGUCCGGAAUCACUUCCGUAGUGGAGCUUUGGCACCAGUAGACGGGCAGCUUCGGUGCGACGGACACGGAGAUCUCUAUUUCGCUGUCAUCGUGAUGUUGCUAGAAACUUGCGACGCAUUAGAGUGGCAGUUCUGCUCUACGGGUGUGUUGAAAGGCUGGAGCCUGCGAUGGUUUGAUGAAGAGAGACGAAUUGCGACAAUCUUGGGUCUGCGAGGGGUGAUAAUUCAUGAUGUGGACGUGUUAGAGCUUGUACAAUGGCAGUCCGUGGCUGGGUUUGGAGAGUGUUAUUGGGGGUGGACAAAGCAUUCAUGGUUGAGAAAUCCUGGAUCUCCCAUGGCGUCUGUUUCGUUUGUGAAGCCUUUUUCUUGCAGAUGGGUUUACAAACGAAUGUCGACUGGAUUCGUGGCUGUAUCUCUGACUACGGUGUUGCGUCUAGCAUAUCAGAGCCUUGGGGUGGUCUAUGGAGACUUGGGCACAUCACCAUUGUAUGUAUUCAAGAGCACUUUUGCUAAUGUAGGAGUGAGCAACAAGAGUGACAUAAUUGGAGCUUUAUCUCUCAUCAUCUACACUCUUACCAUAAUUCCUCUGAUCAAAUACGUCCUUAUUGUGUUGAGAGCUAACGACAAUGGUGAAGGGGGUUCUUUUGCUCUUUACUCUAUUCUCUGUCGGUACUGUAACAUAAGUUCCCUACCAAAUCAACAUCCUUCCGAUGUGGAACUCACCACAUACCUUGUUGACAACGUCAACCGCAAAACCUGGAUGCAGAGGAAGCUGGAGAACAGUAUCACUGCGCAGAAAGUGCUGUUAGCCAUUGUUAUCUUCGGGACCUGCAUGGUGAUUGGCGACGGUAUAUUAACCCCAUCAAUCUCAGUCUUGUCAGCAGUUGUUGGGAUCAAAGCUGCUUCUUCCAACUUGGAUACAAAUUUGGUGACGGUCAUCUCAUGUCUCAUCCUGGUUAUACUCUUCAGCCUGCAGCGCUUCGGCACAGACAGAAUCUCAUUCUUGUUUGCGCCAAUAUUUCUCACUUGGUUUCUAUCGCUUGCUCUUAUUGGUUGCUACAACAUAAUUAAAUGGGAGAAAUCAAUCUUCUUAGCCUUAAAUCCCCUCGAAAUCGUAUACUUCUUUAGAAGAAACGGAAGACAAGGGUGGGAGCAUCUAGGAGGCAUUGUGCUUUGUAUGACAGGGACGGAAGCGAUGUUUGCCGAUUUGGGUCACUUCAGUUUCCGGUCUAUUCAGAUUGCCUUCACUUCUUUAGUAUAUCCCUGCCUAAUUCUGACUUAUCUUGGGCAGUCUGCAUACCUUGUGGAACACAUGGAACACGUCAACGACCCUUUCUAUGCCUCCCUUCCACGUAGGAUAUACUGGCCAAUCUUUGUCUUGGCAACAAUCUCAGCCAUGAUUGCAAGCCAAGCCAUAAUCACCGCUACGUUUUCCAUCGUCAAGCAAUCGGCAGCCUUGGGAUGUUUCCCACGCGUGAAGGUUGUGCACACAUCGAACAACAUCGUGGGGCAAGUAUACAUACCCGAAAUCAACUGGAUACUUAUGGUUCUAUGUCUCAGCGUCACAGCUGGUUUUCGAGACACGGAUGAAAUCGGCAACGCUUACGGCAUUGCCGUUGUCAUGGUCAUGAUCGUCACCACCCUACUCAUGACUCUGGUGAUAGUCAUCAUCUGGCGCAAGCACUUCCUCCUCGCCUUGCUAUUCUUAAUUGUAUUUGCAUCAAUCGAAGGAGUUUACAUCAGUGCGGUCCUGUUCAAGACAACUCAAGGAGGCUGGGUGCCUCUUGUCAUUGCUGCAGUCUUUGGCACCGUCAUGUACACAUGGCAUUACGGAACGUCAAAACGUUACGAGUACGAGAUGCAACACAAAGUUUCGGUGGGAUGGUUGCUCGGACUGGGGCCCAGUCUUGGCCUGGUGCGCGUCCCUGGUAUUGGUCUUAUGUAUACGGAUCUCGCCCACGGAGUUCCGCCGUUGUUUUCGCAUUUCAUCACCAACCUCCCUGCCAUUCAUUCCACAGUCGUCUUCGUCUGUGUGAAGUACUUACCGGUAAACACGGUGCCACAAGCAGAAAGGUUUCUAGUCCGUCGCAUUGGAACGAGGGCUUACUCUAUGUAUCGCUGUGCGGCGCGGUAUGGGUACAAAGAUAUACACAAGAAGGACGAUGAUUUUGAGCAAUUACUCAUCCGUAGCUUGAUUAAGUUUGUUGAGAUUGAAUCCAAACGAGAGACCUCGGACCUAGAAUCCAUGGCAGCCAGUUGGACUCCUGAGGAGCAGCAGAGCGUUGCGUCACUGCCAGCCAUGCCGACGGAAUCUUCAAACCGGUUGAAUUUGCUAAGGUUGCUGAGAUUGCACGGGCUUAUGGGAGAAGGAAACUCCAUCGACGAAGGUUGCUGCACUGAAUAUCCCGUGUCAGACAUCAAUUUGGCCACCACAUCGACUUAUCAAGAAGGUAGCAUUCAAACACAAAGCGUCAACGGCACCAGUUCUGAUUCACAAGACGAAGUUGCCUUUCUCAACUCGUGCAAAGAAUCUGGAGUCGUCUACAUCCUCGGCAACAACGUUGUCAAAGCGAGAAAGGAUGCGAGCCUCUUCAAGAAGGUGGUCAUCAAUUAUAUCUACACCUUCCUGCGGAGGAUAAGUAGAGAUAGUCACGUGGUGCUCAACAUCCCGCACGAGUGCCUGCUUCAUGUCGGCAUGGUGUACUAUGUGUGAAUCUUUUGGGCUAUGGGUUUGUAUAGGCGGGGUUAAACUGGGUGACUCCGAUGCUUCACCCCUGCAACGAAAGGGUGUAAAAGCAGUAAGCAGAGAGUCUUCAUCAAAAGAGGUUAUGUACCAUAGUAGGUGGGUGCGAGGCGAGGUUUUGGUCACAUCCUCGGGUCCAAAUGUGGCUUGUACAUUGAAAGUAUACAAUUGCAGGAAAGCAAAUACGAUGAGAAAGAGAGAGAGAGAGAGAGAGAGAGAGAGAGCAGAUGCUCCACAUGUACCCACGUUGUCAGCUUGCGUUGGUCGCAAGACUCUGUCAAUUCCGGUUGAGAGAUAAUCUGAUGAUGCUUGUGGCUGCUCUCUGUUGGCCGAUUGAUCAAUUGGCUGUAUUGACCUACCUGUUCGGAUGUUAGCAUGAAAGUUGAGCAUUCAAUAUGGAUUGAUAGUUUUCUAGCAUUUGUUUUAUGUAUCAGCUUAAACGACGAUAGCAUUCAAUUUUCAUUGCCAUAGUUUGGUAACAAAUUAGUAAAUUUUACUCAGAAA